UCCCACAUCCUUUUCCUCCUAACGCUCACUCGGAGACUGAAAUGAGUUUUGAAAAUGGAGGUAAACGCUAUAUAUAGUCUGAAGUGUCACCAUACAUGGGGUGGAAGAGAGAAGCGAGGCUCGGUCUGAGACAGAGGCAGUAUUUUUGUUUCGCUCAGCAAGACGCUUCCAAGUGCUCUCAGGCCGACCUGAAGCUCUGCGCCGUUCACUUCUCCAGGGGUUCUCCUGACAUGCCAACGAGGGUCAUGCCGCUUUAUGAGAAAACACAGACACAAGUUGGACAUCAGUAUACCAGCUCAAAGCAUGUUGUUCAGCAGACCUCAUCGAGGAAAUCAAGCACCCAGUCAACGAAGAAGAGGCAGGUUGAGGCCACUGAGGUUAUGGCAGAACCAGCCUAUACGGUGCCAGCCUUCAGAAAGAGGGAACCUGAAGGUAUGGAGGAAUAUCAGCGUGUGUCCUCUCAUCUCGGGAGGAAUCUCACAACCCUGCAGGAAGAGCUGCACAGUAUGAGAGUGGCCACUCAUGAGCAAGUGGUGAAUAUUGAGAUUACGAAUGAGGUGAGAGCAAUGAAGUACAUCAGAAAAGAGCUUCCUAUCGAGAUUCCCAAAGCCCCAGACUUCCUGCUGGGUCUGAGAUCUCAUACUGUGUGGGAGAAGACUCCUGUCAAGCUUUUCUGCACCGUCUCCGGUACCCCCACCCCUAUCGUCCAAUGGUAUAAGAACGGAGUUCCUGUGGACCCCCUGAGCGCACCCGGAAAAUACAAAAUCGAAAACAAAUACGGAGUCCACAGUCUGAUUAUUAGCAGAUGCACAGUAGCCGAUUCCGCAGUCUACAGCGCUGUGGCUACCAGCUCUCAGGGAAAGGUCACCUCGAAGGCCACAGUGUGUGUGAGAAGACCAUCGGGGGCUGCAGAGAGCUCUUAUCUACCAGGCCAUGCACCUUUGCCCUCUGAUAUCCGUCGUAGCAAGCUAGAAGUGACCCUGCUCGAUAGGUUUGGAGUGACAUUUGGCACGGAGGGCGAGUCUUUGACUCUGGUGGCGAACAUGGUGGUGGUGCCUGACCUUCCUAACCUGCCACCAGAGGUUAUGUGGUAUAGAGAUGAAACUUUACUGACACCAUCUAGAUGGGCUGAGAUGUAUGUCGGUGGUGGUUCUGCCAAGCUGACUUUACCCCACCUGAACAAGGAUGACGAGGGUCUGUACACUCUGCGCAUCUGGACCAAGGAAGGAACGACUGAGCACAGCGCCUACCUGUUUGUCAAGGAUGCUGCACCCUCAGUAGUCGGAGCCCCAGGAGCCCCUAUGGAUGUCGUAGCCUCCGAUGCCAAUAAGGAUUAUGUCCUCGUCUCCUGGAAGCCUCCCAACACCACCAGCGAGCCACAAAUCACCGGUUACUUUGUGGACAGUCGCAAAUCUGGAACUGCAAACUGGGUCCAGUGCAACAGCACCCCAGUUAAAGUGUGUAAGUUUCCUGUGCAUGGACUCACAGAGGGGGAUUCCUAUCAUUUCCGAGUCCGGGCCGUGAACAGCGCAGGCAUCAGCCUGCCGUCCAGGAUGUCCAGUGGAGUGACUGCUGCUGAUGUGGAAAGCGACGUAGAAGUGAUUAAAAUCGAGGGGAAGUAUGAUAUUGCAAUUCGUCAGGAGGAACUGCAAGAAGUGUAUAUCACAACGCCGGGACCCCCGACCGACGUGCAUGCUACUGAAAUAAAUCAAACGUAUAUUGUUCUGAGCUGGAAACCACCCAUUCCUCGAGGACGGGCAACUGUGUGGUACCUCAUUGAGAAGUCAGUGGGUGAGAGUAACUUGUGGCAGAGAGUCGACACGGGUGUACAAAUACGCUCACCACGUUGCCCUCUUUACGAACUGGAGGACAAGAAAGCGUACCGUUUCCGCGUUAUCACGGUCAACAAGUACGGCCCAAGCGAGCCAUCAGAACCCUCUGCUCUCAUCCAGAAGGCAGACCCUUAUGGCAUCGUUCCAAACAUUGGGGUUCCCUCAGCUCCAGGUCAGGUCAGUGCUUCUAGAAACACCAAAACCUCUGCCUUUGUGCAGUGGGAUCCCCCCAAACAGGGCAAAAACCUUGUGGGCUAUUACGUGGACUGCUGCAAGGUUGGCACCAAGGUCUGGACCCCCUGCAAUCACAGGCCUUACAAGCACACCAGGUUUGUGGUCCAUGGCCUGACUCCUGGGGACACGUAUAUCUUCCGUGUCCAGGCGGUGAAUGCCUAUGGUCUGAGCGAGGAGUCUCAGGAAUCUGCUCCACUCUUCAUUGAUGCUGCUUUGGAGCGAGGAGUGGAUUAUGCUGUUCCCUCUGCCCCGUACGCCAUCACUCUACUCAGCUGUGAUGGAGCCUCCAUGACCGUGACCUGGAAACGCCCUAAACACACAGGAGGAAGCAAGAUCACGUCUUACUACCUGGACAAACGUGAAGCAGACUCUGUGUUAUGGAAGGAGGUCAGCUCAAGGCCUGCCACUAGCAGAGUUUAUAAGGUGGAGAAUCUGACCGCUGGACAAUUCUAUGAGUUUAAGGUUCAAGCCUGCAAUAUGGCUGGCGUCGGUCUGCCGUCUGAGCCCAGCGUUCCUUUCGCCUGCGAGGCCUGGACCAUGCCUGAGCCUGGUCCUGCAUAUGACAUCAGUUUUUGGGAGGUGCGAGAUGAUUCCCUCCUGGUGCAGUGGAAGGCUCCGGUCUACACCGGUGCCAGUCCCAUUACAGGAUACUUUUUGGAAAUGGCUAAGAAAGGAUCUUCUGAUUUUGCUACAGUGAAUGCUGAGGCUUUGAAGCAUUGUUAUUCAAGGGUGACCGGUUUGGAAACGGGAGCUUCGUAUGUGUUUAAAGUAUGUGCGGUGAAUGCCUCAGGUAAAGGAAAGGCUUCGGAUGUAUCAGAGGCUGUGUGUGUGAAAGCUCUGCCAGGUACGAAGGAGAUUGUGUGUGGUGUGGACGAGGAGACUGGAGACAUUUUCUUGUCGUUUGAGGCUUGCGACGUAUCCGAGCUCUCCAAGUUUGUUUGGUCGAAGUCCUACAAAGAAAUCAGCGAAUCCAAGAGAGUCACUGCUUCGGUCGCCGGAAGAACCUCCAAGCUGACAUUUGGAAACCCUGAAAAGGAAGAUCUGGGUCUGUAUUCUGUGGCGGUGACUGAGACAGAUGGAGUGUCCUCCAGUUAUACCCUCAAAGAGGAGGAAUUGAAAAAGAUGCUUGAUCUCAGCUACAACAUCAGACAUCCAAUCGUUCCCCUGAAGACAGAGCUGAACUACGAAGUUCUUGAGAAGGGUCAUGUGCGCUUCUGGCUGCAGGCCAAGAAACUCUCCUCUGCUGCAACCUACAGGUUCAUCGUUAAUGACAAGCACAUCACUAGUGCUGAGGAUCACAAGAUUAGCCACAACGCUUCCACUGGAGUUAUUCAGAUGGUAAUCGAACACUUCACAAGGGCCAAUGAGGGCACGUAUACCCUCCAGAUCACUGACGGAAAAGCUAAAAAUCAAAGCUCCCUGGUGCUUGUUGGAGACGUCUUCAAGGCUGCACUGAAGGAGGCUGAAUUUCAGAGAAAAGAACACCUCAGGAAACAAGGUCCUCAUUUCUCAGAGUACCUGUCUUUCUAUGUGGAUGACAACUGCACCGUUAUGCUUGUAUGCAAGUUGGCCAAUGUCAGGAAAGACACAAAAUUCAGUUGGUUUAAAGAAGAUGAAGAAAUCACUCUUGAUGUCGCACCCAACCCAAUGUCUGGAUCCUGUGCUCUUCCGAUCCCCUUGUUUUCCAGAAAGGACCAGGGUAUUUACAAAGCUGUGCUAAGUGAUGAUCGUGGAAAGGACACUUCAGUUUACGAGAUUUCCGGCCAAGUAUUUGAAGAUAUCAUCAACGCCAUUGCCCACAUUGCUGGUUCUUCUGCCUCAGAGUUGAUGUUGCAGUGCACACCAGAAGGCAUUAGACUGCAGUGCUACAUGAAAUAUUACACAGAGGAAAUGAAGACCAGCUGGUUCCACAAGGAAAGUAAAAUCGCCUCCUCAGAGAAGAUGAGAAUCGGAGGCACGUCUGAAAUGGCUUGGAUGCAGAUCUGUGAGCCUGCUGAUAGAGAAAAGGGCCAUUACAUUAUCGAGAUUCACGACGGCAAAACCGCCCACACCCGUUCCUUCGACCUCUCAGGACAAGCAUACAAUGAUGCCUAUGCUGAAUUCCAAAGACUCAAGGCUGCAGCUUUUGCAGAGAAAAACCGCGGCAGAGUAGUGGGUGGACUGCCAGAUGUUGUCACCAUUAUGGAGUAUAAGACCCUGAAUUUGACCUGCACAGUGUGGGGUGACCCCAAACCUGAGGUCACCUGGUUCAAGAACGAACAGGAAGUCGUGUCUGAUGACCACAACCAGAUCUCGUUUGAGAGUGGCAAGUUCGCCAGCCUCACCAUUAACUCUGUCACAGUGGACGACUCGGGCAAGUACAGCAUCAACGUGCGGAAUAAAUAUGGCGGUGAGUUUGUGGAGAUCACCGUCAGUGUGUACAAGCUGGGUGAGAACAUCCCCGAACCCAAGUUGGGACAGAUGAGCAAACCUACCACAACACCGAAGCCAACUGCACCACCCUCUUCAAAGCCCCAGACUCCUGCACCAUCCGUGAAGACCCCCACUUCUACCCCGUCCCCAUUUGGUAAAUCCCCAACCCCAACUCCACCUCAGUCUGCAAAGUCCCCUGUCCCAACUCCCAAAUCCCCCACCCCACCAAGGAGUGCCAAAUCCCCCACUCCACCCAGAUUCAUGAGGUCCCCAACACCCACAAAGAAGUAAACAUGGGUGGUUCCUAUCAGUGGAUGAUUUAGAUGUUGGUUUUGCAAAGCGAAUAGUGCUAGAUAAAAAGUUUGACCACCUAAGUGGUUUAUGAAUCACUAAAUUAUUGGCCAAAAUGAAGAAUAUUCACAAACCCUGUUAGGUUGCCAUUUCCAUCAAAGUGGCUUUUACAAAUCAGUAUAGUCUUUGUUCUAUGUGCAUGAGAUCUUUCAAUAAUGGCUUUAGGUAGAUUUAAUUAGCUCACUCUAGAUCGUAAAGAAAAGUCAAGAAACUGCUGAAUUACGUUGCCUCUAAUUCAAAAAGAUUACGAUUAUAAGGAUUAUGAAAGCAGCCACCAUGAUUGUGAAUGGCAUCUUCAUAUAUAACGCUUAUUCUGUAGCCUCCUAAUGCUUUAUUUUGGCAAUAAAAACAGUGAUUAACUAACA